AUGGUGGCGCCGCUGGUGGGCAAGGUGGUCCAGGUGGGACAGCACCGGCUCAAGGUGGAGGCACACCUGGGCGAGGGGGGGUUCGCGAGCAUAUACCGGGUCAAGGAGGUGACCAGCGGGGAGAUGUUCGCGCUCAAGCACCUGCGGCUGGGUGGCAAGGAGACCGUGGACUUGGUGCGGCGCGAGGCCAAGGUGAUGAACAGGCUCAAGGGGCGGCCCAACAUCCUGAGGCUGAUUUCGGUGGCCUUCGGGGGGGAGGUGGGCGCCGAGACGGACGCCUACAUGCUGCUGGACCUGUGCCCGGACAACCUGUUCAGGUAUCUGCAGCGCAAGGAGUUCAAGGUGUCGGAUGGCCAGCUGCUGGAGAUCUUCUGGGCGGUGUGCAACGCGGUGGCGGAGAUGCACUCGCUGGAGCCACCGCUGACCCACAGGGACGUAAAGGUGGAGAACGUGCUGCGGCGGCCCAACAAGGAGUGGGUGCUCUGCGACUUCGGGAGCUCCACCAGCAGGGAGCAGGCCUAUGAGACGCCCGCCGAGAUCGGGGAGGAGGAGGAGAACAUCAGGCGGCACACCACGCCCGCCUACCGCGCGCCCGAGAUGUGGGACCUCUACCAAGCCAAGCGAAUCGACACAAGAGUCGACAUUUGGGCGCUGGGAUGUGUGCUGUUCUUUCUCUGUUAUGGGAAGCUUCCAUUCAAUGGAGACUCGAAGCUGCAGAUUCUGAAUGGAAACUACCAGAUGCCUGCCACGAGGCCAGCGCCCAUACAGUCCCUCAUACAAGAUCUGCUCUGUGUUGAUCCUGACCACAGGCCAGACAUCCACACUGUGCUCCAGCGGGUGUCAGCCCUGCAGCACUAUGUCCACAAUGCUGCUGGCGACCCCACUUUGGCUGAUCCACAUAAUGCCUCCUUCACGUCCAACCCCAUCUCUAUGGCAGCCGAUGUCGCCCCUGCGCCACCUGCAAGGCCAGGCAGUGCAACAGGUCCAGGGCGUCUGCCAGCAGCCCAACAUCCAAACUGGGAUCAGCUCAAUGGGAGGCCAGAGCACCUUGCAGGACGUACUGCCCACACUGGCUUUGAAAGAGCUGCAAACAUGAGUCGGCAGGCUUCCACACCCCAGUCAGGCAACCCAUUUGCAACCGGCGGCACCAUUCCCACUCCAGAUCCGGGUGACACAAUGAGCCGGCAGAAGUCAACACCACAGCUGCAAGGCACGACCAGUUGGAGGGUCUCGCAUGACAACUCAUGUGAAUAUAAAAUGCCUCAGCAGCAGGGGUCACAUGCACCACCUGGCGUGUCGCGACCAGCCGAUCCUCCACGCUCCCCAGGAUGGGCAGACUUUGACAGCCCACAUGGCCACCGUGUGGAUCCACAGAGCAUGCCCCAAAGAGCAAGUUCGCCAUCGGCAUCGCCUAGUUCGGAGGAGAGAAUGGCAGAGAGGGAAGUGGUGGCCAGGGCCAAUGUGGGCAGGCGUUCAGCAGAAGAAAGGCAACGAGAAUCCUACCAGGCACCAGACAGGGGAAGCCAGGCUAUGGAAUCUCACAGAUUGCGGGCAAGAGAGCUUGAGAGAGAAAACAAGGCACUGCAGGGUCAAGUGAAACAAUUGCAGAAUGUGAUUGCAUCACAGCAACAGACAAUUCAGGACCUGCAGCAGCAGAACCAGAGGCAACAAGCUCAGUUUGAGCAGGUCACUGCGAAGUAUGCAUUGGAGGUGCAAGCACGCCCUGCACAGACUUCCAAGAGGGCUGCCAAGAAUGCUGCACUGAUGACUGCGCCUGUGUCUUUGGACCAGUAUGUGGAGCCACGCCCUUGGACAGAGUUUCCUUCGGCAUCUGAUGAGGGACAUGCUGGCCGUCGGGGUGCUGUGGGCACCAGCCCCCAGCGCGGCCCUUCUGGAGGAAGGCUGCAGGAGGGCACAACAAGAGAUGUUGGCCCAGAUCCGCCAUCACGACCAAUGCGCACAAAUCCGCAGACCAGUGCAGCUCGCCCUGCGAAUGGCACCGAGAAGAACGGCCAUGGCGCAAGGGUUCCUCCCUCAGGGGGCAAAUACUGGGAAACCCAGGAGGGUUCAUCCGACAGGUCGAACACCGCAAUGUGGCAAGUGGCAGCAGUUGGAGCUGCGGACUUGGAGGAGUCGGAUGCAACGCACAGGAGAAUCGUCAGCGAUCCACCACCGCUCGAAACUUGGCAUCUAGAAGGCGUGUAG